UCCUUCCUGUCUUAGCUUCCUGCUUAGCUCUUUUAAGCUUCCUGCUUAGCUCUUCGCUGUGGAAGUUUUCCUCCAUGAGGAGAGACGUUUGAACGGAGGAAACCGAGUACUAUCAGCUUCACUACAUGGAACAAACUUUAGGACAACCAACGGACACUUUUCGGACUCUAUGAUUCGACCAAAAACAACGAUAUUUAUACGUCCACCGCCAAAUCCUGAAACAUGCAGGACCCAAACAGACCUCAGCGUAAAAUGUCAACAGCAGGAGACAGCUUGUACAAAGUCCUGGGUCUGGAGAAAGGAGCAUCUCCAGAAGAAAUAAAGAAGGCAUACAGGAAACUGGCGUUAAGGCAUCACCCCGAUAAGAACCCAGACAACCCAGAAGCUGCUGACACAUUCAAAGAGAUCAACAAUGCCAACUCCAUCCUCAGUGAUGAGAACAAACGGAAGAUCUACGACGAGUAUGGAUCCAUGGGCCUCUAUGUGGCCGAGCAGUUCGGGGACGAGAGUGUCAAAUACUACUUCCUCAUGUCCAAGUGCUGGUUCAAGACCCUUGUGGUGUGUUGCUGUUUCUUCACCGGCUGCUGCUGUUGCUGCUGCUGCUGUUUCUGCUGUGGGAAGUGUAAAAAGCCAGCAGACGGGGAAGACUUUGCCUAUAUGGACCCAGAGGACCUUGAGGCAGAGAUCAGAGAACAGAAUGCAGCAGGAGACCAUGUAAUAGUUAUUCAGCCGAGCCCUGGCACUUCAGAUAAUGACGUCACCCCAUCAGCAGGAGACCAUGUAAUAGUUAUUCAGCCGAGCUCUGGCACUUCAGAUAAUGGCGUCACCCCAUCAGGUGAAAAUGCACCCAUUGUGAUUCAGCCUCAUGCAACCAACGGCACCUUGGGAACCAAGGGAGAAGAGUCCUGAGAAAUCCACGUCACCAUCAGCGCUGCACUGAUCUUGUUGAAAGAUGAUGAGUAUAUAUGUUGGGUUUGAAUGUGGCUGACAUGCAGAAAACAGUCAUCUCCGAGGCGUUUGUUUAAAAUUAACUAAGCAGCAGCGAUUCGAUAGUGCCAUAUUUUCUCUAGUGCCACUGGGUUUGUCUUUGAUCCAAUCUAUUUAUUUUUUUAAUUUUUUUUUUUUUUUUUAAAAAGGUGGUAUCUGGACUGCAUUACAGUGACAUGACAAGCCAUGCAAAUCAAAGCUCUGGGAUAUUUUUUUUCUUCAUGUGCACUUUUAACGUCUGUUUAAAAUCCUAAAGCUGCCACGAUGGUCUGAGAUAUUUUUAAAAUGCAACUUAAUAGUAUGGUUCCCGAUUAUUAAAAGCCAACCACUCGGAGAUUUAAUUGUUGAGUUAUACUGCACAUAUUGUAGAAAUAAAAUAAAGGGCUUAUUGAAAUAAUGUACAGUAUAUUGUGAUUAAACCAAACCGUGUAUUUAAA